GCGCGGCGCACGCGGUAAGCAACACUACGCCCCCACCACUGCAGCUCGGCGAACUCGUGGUUUCCGGAAUAAACAAAGCGAGAAGGUACUUAAAAAACUCGCGCAAAGACGACCAAACCCAGGACCAAAACGGCAGCAGCCGGAGCCGAGAGCCCGAGACGACCGCAGCGCAGAGAGCCAGCAGAGCAGCCGCCACCGCAUCCAAACCCGCGAAGGGGGGCGGCCAUGUCGGUGGGUUGCGGGCUGGAGUGGGUGGUGUGCCUGGGCUGCACGCGGUGGGCGUGGAAGCGGCUCACCUACAUCGGCGCCUACGACAGCGAGACGUGGCCGCCGGCGUCGCCCGCCGACUUCGAGGCCGUCCCGCGCAUCUGCCGCGUCGUGCUCGCCAUCUACGACCCGGACCUCUCCAACCCCAAGUUCGCGCCGCCCGGGCGAGGGUACGCCGACGUCGACCCCAAGGGGGUCGUCAAGCGCGCCAACUACUGCGACGUCGGUUCCGCCUGCCCGCCCUACAUCGUCUACGUCGACGAGGCGCACAAGGAGAUCAUCCUCGCCGUGCGCGGCCUCAACCUCGUCCGCAACGCCGACUACGAGGUGCUGAUGGACAACAAGCUCGGGAUGCAGAUGUUCGACGGCGGGUACGUGCACCACGGCCUGCUCAAGGCCGCCAAGUUCAUCCUGGAGCUGGAGACGGAGACACUGCGGGACCUGCUGCGGCGGUACGGGCCCGAGUACAAUCUCAUCUUCGCCGGCCACUCGCUGGGCUCCGGAAUCACCGCACUCAUGACGGUGUUGGUGGUCAACAACCGCAAGCAGUUCGGGAACAUACCCAGGAGCCAGAUAAAGUGCUACGCGCUCGCGCCUGCUCGGUGCAUGUCACUCAACCUCGCCGUCAAGUAUGCUGACGUGAUUAACUCCAUCGUGCUGCAGGAUGACUUUUUGCCAAGAACGCCAACACCAUUAGAGUAUAUUUUUGGGUCUAUCUUCUGCUUGCCCUGCUUGCUAUUCGUCAUUUGCUUGAGAGAUACAUUGAAACAAGACAAAAAAAAAUUUAAAGAUCCAAGAAGGUUGUAUGCUCCUGGGAGAAUGUAUCAUAUUGUUGAGAGGAAAUUUUGCAGAUGUGGAAGAUUCCCGCCUGAGGUCAGAACUGCUAUUCCAGUGGAAGGACGAUUUGAGCAUGUUGUUUUAUCAUGCAGUACCACUUCUGAUCAUGCCAUUGCUUGGAUUGAGCGAGAAUCACAAAAGGCUUUAGAGCUAAUGAUGGGAAAGGAGAAUGCAAUGACUCCACCUCCGCAACAAAAGAUGGAGAGAUUGCAAAGUUUUGAGGAGGAACACAAGAAUGCCCUGCAGAGAGCGAAGACCUUAGAUGUUCCUCAUGCUGCAGAUCUGUCUGAAGAAGAAAUUCAGGAGGGUGCUAGCACUGCGACACCCUCUGAUACUUACGUUUUUAAUUCAUCAGGAAGAACCAGUUGGGACGAACUGAUGGAUAAGCUUUUCACAAAGGACGAGGAUGGGAAACUUCUUGUGAAUAAGGAUUUUGUGGCGAGGGACAUUGUUGUUGAGUAACGAUGAUUCUGAGACUACUCUGCUUGUGGUAGUUCAUUCAUUUAGCUGGCUGUAUAAAAGAGUAAGUUGUGGUUAUCAUGUAAAAAACGUCUUUUUGUGAUCGAGUCAUUUUUCAUAUAGAGAAGAGGAGCCCUAAAAUCAUUAGUGCCAAGGACUCUCUCUUAUAUGUAGACUUCAUCUGUGCAAUUUUGGACUUUAAAAGUCUAGUAAAUUUAUCAAUACAGGAUUUGAGCAUUGUCCC